UGACAAUUAAAAAGUCAAUUUAAUGUUUCCCAAAAUUUUAAAUUCACUUGCGUUUUUUCCCACAAGUUUUUUUAAUGGUUCUUUACAACUUCCCUAAACAUAAUUUACCAAAUAAAUUUCCUGCGUAUGUAUAAACCAACAACAAUCGUAAAAAGUAUAAACUGACCCAAAUCUGAGCGUACAGCAAACAUGGUGAAACCACCCCGUCCUCCGGAGGACCCACCAACAUCCUCCCCCAUCAUCCUCACCCAAGUCAUGGACACCAUAGCCCAGCUCAAGGACACCCACGGCUCCCCCGUGGACUCCAUCGUCAAGUACAUGUCCUCCCACGGGCCCGAGUUCGUAAAAAACUCCAAUUUGAAGAUCAAAAAAGCCUUGAAAACCGGCCUCAAAUCCGGCCUGCUCAAGGAAACCCACGGGAAAUUCAAACUAGGCCUCACGCCCAAGGACUAUUCGGUGCUGAAGAGCUUCUGCAAUCCCUACAAAACGGGACACAUCGCCGUGUGGGAGAUGAAAAGAAGAAAGGGCAGACGUAAGCGCAGCAGGAGCAGGAGGAGAAGGAGAGGAAGGAGAAGGAGCGACUACCGCUCUCUAGGAUCACGGGAAUACAGCGCUGAUGAAAAUCUCGAUGCUUCGAAAUUGGGAGAAUUCCCAUUUUCUGAAUCCAGACGACGCUCCAGAGGCAAAAGAAGGCGCAAAAGCCGCAGGCGCAAAGGAAAAAGGCGAGACGACGGUUAUGCCAAUAGUGAAAACUCAGAAGAAAGUCGAGGGGAACCGGCGGAUCGCAGUCGAAGGCGCCGACGCCGCAGCAAGCACGGACGGCGCCGGCGUCGCGGUCGAAGGCGCCUCUACGACGAGGCGUUGGAGACGCGCCGGUCUUCCGUCACGACGGUGUCGAGCGGGUCCUCUGGCGUCGAAGAGGGCCGGAAGAAGAGCGACGAGGGUGACUCCAAAACGAAGAUACCAGAGAAGAAGGACGUCGGUUGUUCCCUGUCUUCUAAUGCAAACCUAUUAAAUUCAGUUCCAGCGGAACCGCAGAGGGUUAACGUAGAUAAUUCGGAGAGGAACGACAGCGAUCAUCACUGCAUUCACCUCGAUCAUCACGGAUGCACGCAAGACGAUCCUUACGUGGCGCCCUGCAAUCGUCAUUGCCAUGAUCACGAUUAUCCUCAUUCGCCGUAUUGAGGGUGUUAUGAUGUAUUUUUUUGUGCC